UCUCAGCAGAGUCCUGCUAAAAAGAAUUUGAGGGAAUGAGUUUGCUGCUCACCAGGGGGAUCCACGGCGGCUUCCUGACGUUUGCUUCAAGGAAGUCUGAAAAGUUGCCUGCUUGCCAACCCACUUAUCAAAUUUUUUAAUUAUUUUUAAUCCGGUACACUCGUGAUGUCCGGCGAGCACAGAGAGACACAAGAGGGUAUGAAUACGUACUCUGUAACCCUCAGCGGCUCGCCGCCUUGGGGCUUCAGGCUGCAGGGUGGCAAGGACUUCAACAUGCCUCUCACCGUGUCAAGGCUGACGCCGGGCGGAAAGGCAGCUCAGGCUGCCAUCGAUGUUGGAGACUGGGUGGUGGCGAUCGGUGACGCCAACGCAGAGGAGAUGACCCAUGUGGAGGCACAAAACAAGAUCAGAGAAGCGUCAGGCUCCCUCACCCUCACCCUCAGCAGACCCUCCAAAGCGGGUGGAGACCAGAAGGACUCGCUUGCUACAGCUUCUGUUCCGCCAAAGUACUCCUUUGCCCCGAGCACGACCAUUAACAAGAUGGCGAGGCCAUUUGCAGCAGGUGGUGCUAGUGCCAACUCAGGACCUGCUAUUAAACCUGUGGCCUACUCUCCUAAACUCAACACCCCGUGCUCGCAGGGGCAUGCCAGUACACCCCAGCCACAGAAUGGCCUUGAGCCAACUCCCUCACCUGCCAAGGCCCAAGCAGUAAAUAAACCAGAUGAAUCGACAAGUGCCGCCGCCGCACCAAAGAGUUCUGCUCCUUCCUGCCGACCGCCGUGGGUCUCGGACCCCAAUUUUGCCGACCGCUUUCACCCAGACAAGGUCAGCACCGUCGUGACCCAGCACCAGAAGCCGGCCCAGCCCACGCCUAUGCAGAGCCGCAGUUCCAUCCUGCAGGCUGCACAGCAGGCGCCGGAAGACAGCGGGAGGACCCCCAUAUGUGGUGCCUGCAACAAAAUCAUCAGGGGACGGUACCUGGUGGCACUGGGACGGUCUUGGCACCCGGAAGAGUUUACAUGCUCGCAGUGUAAGGCGGUCCUGGAGGAGGGGGGCUUCUUUGAAGAAAGGGGAGCCGUCUAUUGUACCAAGUGCCACGAUAACCGAUACGCUCCGAACUGUGCCAAGUGCAAAAAGAAGAUCAUAGGGGAAAUCAUGCAUGCACUGAAGAUGACUUACCAUGUUCAGUGUUUCAAGUGUGCAGCCUGCAAGAAUCCUAUCAGGAAUCAAGCCUUUUACAUGGAGGAGGGUGAACCCUACUGUGAGAGAGACUAUGAGAAGAUGUUUGGCACCAAAUGCCAUGGCUGUGACUUCAAGAUUGAUGCCGGGGAUCGGUUUCUGGAGGCCUUGGGCUACAGCUGGCACGAUACGUGCUUCGUCUGUGCUCUCUGCCAAAUCAACCUGGAGGGGAAGACGUUCUACUCGAAGAAGGAUAAGCCCCUGUGCAAAGGCCAUGCUUUUGCUCCAGUGUGAGAGAGCGAGGCGCAUCUUCAGAAGAAGGAGCACUGCUCUCUCCCUUCUCUUUACCCCCUGACACUUCCGUAGACGCACCACAUCCCUUCUUGCCACACACCUUGUUAAACUAAGUCCUUUCUCUCUGUGCUGCAGACUUUUUGUUCUCGAGGCUUAAUGCUGGCUGCACGUACCGUCACUUUACUCUGCUGUUAGGAGACUUCUGAUGGCACUGCCUCUAAUGCCAAAUGCUGUGUUGCAUAACUGGAAGGAGUCGAGGAAUUAUGUCACGCCAUCGGUAACUUUUUGACUUCCAAGUUGUUUUUAGGUCAUGAAAAAAAUGUCACCGCAGGUCACGUCGAUUUGUAGUUGUUAGCGGAGUAAUCUCCUGCCUCUGUUCUCCUCGUCCUUGUUAAUUCAAGUCACCAACUUGAAGGAGUCAUUGAGCCUCUAAUAAUCUCUCAUAUUGCAGUAAUGAUCAAGCAAUUCUCUUGCACUAAGUGUAGUGAAGUUCUGGCCCCAUACAGGACCCCAGCCCACUCAUCGGCUCUCACUGCAGCACCCUUUAAUGUAAUGGGGGGCCAGUCAAGCAGAAAAGGAGGUGUCCAUUUCUGCUUGACUGGAUCUCCUCCACAGAAUCACUAACUACUUAUUACUUUGACUCUGGCAAGUCAGAGCGCAUACUCCAGCUUGAAGAGUCAUUUAGAAUGAUGUAGUAAUUAACCCAUUUUUAAUCGUCAUACACGCGGGUGAUGGAGAUUGAUUUUUAACUUUCCCUUUGAUUUGACUUUUUUUUUUUUUAAUGAGACAAACUAAGUCUUUAAGUGUUCCCCAUGUCACUGUGAUAUUCUUCCUUAGAGUACUUUCAAGUCACUGAAUCUGUAUUUAUAUUGCUUCAAAAGUGGCCUGUAAGUGUUGUUUUUAUUGCAGCUGAAAGUUUCAAAUAAAAUUAUUUAGUAAUUCCA